AUGACACCCUAUUCCUCCCAAUCGCCAUCCGCACCGUCUCCGUCUUUGAAGCGCAAGCAAGCGACCAUUUCCAGUUUCUUCUCCCAAAAACCAUCCUCACAGACCAGUGUCUCGAACGAUUCAGCAGCUAUCCAAGAACGUGUAUCUAAGAAAAGACCUGCGUCGCCGGUUCAGGACAAUGAUCCGAAGCAUGCAGCGCCCGAACUAGAGCCCGAAGCCGAAGACGAGGACGAAAUGGUCGUGCGACCUACCAAGCGUGCUAGAACGAACGCAUCUACACCAGUAGAACCGAGACAAUCGAAAUUGGACCCAGAAAGACCUCCAAACCCACCCUCCCAGCCACACAGCGGCCAACGCACCGACAUCUUCAAAUUCCAGAAUUCACCCGCGAUUGCCAUACCCGAGGAUGAACAGGCAGAUAUCCAGCGAAAGCAGGCAAGAGAAAAACUCCACCAGAAGUUUGUGCGCAAGCUUGGGGGCGCAGACUGUCUGAUUGGAAUUGGCCGCACGGCAUCGACUGAUGCUGCUGGUGCCGCUGAGGCCGAAGAAGGCGAGGAUGAAGACGAGGCUCCCCCGCCCCGACUAAGGGCAAAGAAGCAGGUUAUUGAAAUCAAGCGGAAACACAUGGGUACGGUACUUGUCAUUGAGGUCGGGUAUAAAUUCCGAUUCUUUGGAGAAGAUGCAAGGAUUGCGGCGAAAGAGUUGGGGAUUGUAUGCAUUCCGGGGAAAUUCAGGUUCGACGAACAUCCAUCGGAAGCCCACAUCGAUCGGUUCGCUUCUGCUAGUAUUCCUGUGCAUCGACUACACGUCCACGUCAAGCGUCUUAUUACAGCAGGCCAUAAAGUCGGCGUGGUACGCCAGAUCGAAACCGCUGCACUCAAGGCUGCGGGCGACAAUCGCAAUGCUCCUUUCGUUCGCAAGUUAACUAACUUGUACACGAAAGGUACAUACAUUGAUGAUAUCGAGGGUCUCGAGGGUCCAGCUCCGGCGGCUGGAAACGCUUCGCCUGCUACGGGGUACAUGCUCUGCAUCACGGAGUCGAAUGCCAAAGGAUGGGGUAAUGAUGAGCGAGUCCAUGUUGGAAUCGUCGCCGUGCAGCCUAACACAGGCGAUGUGAUCUAUGAUGAUUUUGAGGAUGGGUUCAUGCGAAGUGAAAUCGAGACUCGGCUUUUGCAUAUCGCGCCUUGUGAGAUUUUGAUAGUCGGGGAGAUGUCCAAGGCUAGUGAGAAGCUUGUUCGGCAUUUAUCUGGGAGUAAGAUGAAUGUUUUCGGAGAUGCAGUGAGGUUGGAACGAACCGAGAAGAAAAAGACUGCUGCUGCUGAAGCGCAUAGCCAUGUCUCGAGCUUCUAUGCUGGCAAGAUGAAAGCUACGGGGACAGAUGAGGAUGUGCAUGCUUCGCAAUUGUUGAAAAAUGUUCUCGAGUUGCCGGAGCAUGUUACGAUUUGCUUGUCUUCUAUGAUCAGACAUAUGACUGAGUAUGGGCUCGAGCAUGUCUUUGACUUGACGAAGUACUUCCAGCCGUUCUCUGCGAGGUCCCAUAUGUUGCUGAAUGGCAAUACACUUGUUAGUCUGGAGAUCUAUCAGAACCAGACGGACCAUUCGGCAAAAGGAAGUCUUUUCUGGACCCUGGAUCGUACGCAGACGCGGUUUGGGCAGAGGUUGUUGCGAAGAUGGGUCGGAAGACCUUUGCUUGAUAAGAAGCGGCUGGAGGAGAGGACAAGUGCUGUGGAGGAGUUGACGAACCCUGCAAAGGCUGUCUCUGUAGAGAGAAUCAAGGGGUUAUUGAACAAGAUCAAGAGUGAUUUGGAGAAGAGUCUAAUCCGUAUUUACUACGGCAAGUGCACUCGACCAGAGCUCCUAACAGUCUUGCAGACCUUGCAAACGAUCGCCAUGGCCUUCUCAGAUGUUAAGUCCCCAGCGGAUACGGGAUUUGAAUCAGCACUUCUUAGUGAAGCCGUUGCGGCCCUGCCAACAAUCCAAGAAGAAGUGACCCGCUUUUUGGAUAAAAUCAAUAUGUAUGCGGCCAAAAAGGAUGACAAGUACGCCUUCUUCCGGGAAGAAGAGGAAACCGACGAGGUUGGAGAACAAAAGCUGGGCAUCGCUUGUAUUGAACACGAGCUACAGGCCCAUCUCAAGGUCGCCGAGGAGAAAUUGGGCCGAAAGAAAGUUGAGUACGCCACAGUCGCUGGCAUCGAGUACCUGAUUGAGAUCGAGAACAACUCACUCGCGAUCAAAAAGGUGCCCGCCUCCUGGGUCAAAGUCAGCGGCACGAAAAAGGUCUCCCGCUUCCACACACCAGAAGUCAUACAACUCAUCCGCCAACGAGACCAAUACAAGGAAGCGCUCGCUGCAGCCUGCGACAAAGCCUUUGCAGCUCUCUUAGCAGAAAUUGCCCAACAAUACCAAUCCUUCCGAGACUGCGUCCAAUCCCUCGCAACCCUCGACUGCCUCGUCUCCCUGUCCGUUAUCGCUCAACAACCUGGUUAUGUCAAACCCGAAUAUACCGAAGAAGCCUGUCUCCACGUGUCGCAAGGCCGCCAUCCAAUGGUCGAGCGCCUCCUAACAGACGCGUACGUUCCCAAUGACACAAAACUCGACCAUGACGGCACGCGCGCCCUCCUGGUGACGGGACCAAACAUGGGCGGCAAGUCGAGCUAUGUCCGCCAAGUCGCGCUCAUCGCGAUCAUGGGCCAAAUCGGCUCCUACGUGCCCGCCGAAUCAGCUCGUCUAGGCCUUCUCGACGCUGUAUUCACACGCAUGGGCGCUUUCGACAACAUGCUCGCAGGCGAGUCAACAUUCAUGGUCGAACUCUCGGAAACAGCAGAUAUCCUCAAACAAGCGACGCCGCGGUCCCUAGUCAUUCUCGACGAACUGGGUCGUGGGACAUCCACUCAUGAUGGUGUUGCUAUCGCUCAGGCUGUGCUAGACCACAUGGUGCGCUCUAUUCAAUCGCUGACACUGUUCAUUACGCAUUACCAGCACCUUUCCCGAAUGGUGCAAUCAUUCCCACAGGCCGAGCUCCGGAAUGUGCAUAUGCAGUUCACGGAGUCUGGCAAAGAUGAUGAUAUCACUUUUCUUUAUGAGGUCGGGGAAGGCGUUGCACAUCGGAGUUAUGGAUUGAAUGUUGCGCGGUUGGCGAAUCUGCCUUCGUCAGUGAUCGACCUUGCGAGGACAAAGAGUGCCGAGCUCGAGGAAACUAUCAAGAGGAAGAGGUUGGCUGCUGUUGCCGGGGCUGUUGGGAAUCUUGUUGGAAGUGGCUCGCUUAAGGAGGAUCUGUUUGAUCGGUUGCUUGCUAGUGCUGAGCAGUUGUAG